GUGGACUUUUCAUGAGGAACACUGUUCAGGAGCACAGUGCGUUUCGAUUUGCUGUGCAGUUAUACAACACAAACCAAAAUACCACAGAAAAGCCCUUCCAUUUGAACUAUCAUGUAGAUCACUUGGACUCUUCCAACAGUUUUUCAGUGACAAAUGCUUUCUGUUCACAGUUUUCCAGAGGAGUUUAUGCCAUCUUUGGAUUCUAUGACCAGAUGUCAAUGAACACACUGACAUCAUUUUGUGGAGCCCUUCACACAUCCUUCGUCACACCCAGCUUCCCAACAGAUGCAGAUGUGCAGUUUGUCAUCCAGAUGCGGCCAGCAUUAAAAGGAGCCAUCUUGAGUCUCUUGACUCAUUAUAAGUGGGAAAAAUUUGUGUACCUCUAUGACACAGAACGGG